AAUUUCGUUAUCUAUAUGUUUUUUUAUCUCGAUGCAAUUGACCGUCAAAUAUAUCGAACCGAAUGAAGUUUUCUUUAGUUUCAAUGCAAUUGUAUUAGAUUUAUCAUAAGUAAGAAAUUUAUUCAUCGUUUGUGUCAAUAUGUCCGAUCUGUGAAUAAGUCGCUGUGCGAAUAUAGCGAUUUUAUGUAACAAAAUUGAUACGGCGAUACUGAGUAAAAGGACCAAAAAAUGCAGAAAGUACUCAAUUUGGGAUGUGUACUUCGGAGUCAUAGUGUUUUAGUUACACGAUCGACAGGAUGCAGCUAUGCCACAAAAGGCAGCAAACGGACGGAUAAGACCACUUCAGUGGAUGAUACUCCUGUUGAACCAUUGAAAUUAUCGUACAAUUCUUACGAAGAUUUGUCUAGUGACUCAACAACAACAGCACCUGUUAUUAUUAUGCAUGGUUUAUUUGGAUCAAAACAAAAUUGGCGCAGUAUCAGUAAGGCGAUUCAUUCGAAAUCAAAUCCGACACGGAAGGUAAUUGCACUUGAUGCUAGGAACCAUGGUGAGAGUCCACAUUCUCCUAACCAUCGGUACAUUGAUUUGGCUGAAGAUGUCCAUUUAUUUUGUAAGGAGCACAAAAUACCAAAGUCAAUUGUGAUUGGGCACAGUAUGGGAGGAAGAGCAAUGAUGGUGUUUGCAUUAAAAUAUCCACAUCUAGUUGAAAAAGCAAUAAUAGUGGAUGUCAGUCCAGUCACAACCUCACCAGCAUUGAAAGGCAUGGGCGAAAUAUUUUCCGCGAUGCGGCGAGUUAGUCUGCCAAAUGACAUUGAAUUACCAAAAGCGCGUAUACUGGCCGACGAGCAAAUUAAACAAUUCAUUCCCGAUCAAGUGACUCGAUCGUUUAUCCUGAUGAACUUGUACCGUGCAGUCAAUGGGGCAAUCAAAUGGCGCAGCAACGUCGACAGUCUUGAUGAUAAUUUUGGCAAGCAUAUAUCACGUUUUCUUGGGCCACAACAACGAUUAGCGUUAAAUAAAUACUCUGCCCCGAUUCUAUUUAUUGGAGGUUCCAAAUCCGAUUAUUUAACAGCACCAGACGAAUUGACGCGUAUUCGUGAAAUAUUUCCACAGGCCGAUUUGAAAUUUUUGGAUACGGGACAUUUAGUGCAAGUCGAAGCACCGAAUGAAUUUGUAAAACUCGCUACUGAAUUCAUCAAUUCUUGACAUUCAACCAUCGGCCAAUAUUUGAAUAAAUUUCGUUCGUAAAUCUUAAUCGAAAAUAAAAGUUACCAAUUUGUAUAUUUAGUUGCCAUUUGUAAAGCUAAGACGAAAUUAAAUCGAUGAUUAAAGAAA